AUAAAAUACUUACAUAAUAGGAUAUUUAUCGUGCCCAGAUUCUGGCACAGGUGCAAUAUUACAUUUUACAAAAAAGAAAAAAGGAAGUCAGAUGAUUCUCCCUGCAGUAAUUUGAGUUAAGAUUUCCAAGUUUAGGGAUGAAAUUUCACCCUAUAUUAAAUUUGUUGGUAAUAGUGAUCGUGAAUGUUUUUUUUAAAGCUGUAAAAGUGACUUUACAGCAAUUUAGGCUGGAAAAAAACCCUAAAGCCUCCAAUGAACACUCACAAUAAUAGUCAUCUGAUAUGGACUGGUAUUAAGACAAAUUGUAUUGAGCACUUUAACAACUCCACCAUCCAGAUUAGUAAUGGCAGUUAAGGGAGUGUCUUCCCAUGAAUUCACUCUGCAGCAUUGGCUGUUAAUCCGGCUCCUCGGGACUCUGGAACCUGCUGGUUGUCAUUCUACUCAACUGACUCAUUUACAGUCUGAAUGCAAGCUGACUAAAUGCUAUUAAAUGUAAUUAACUGUGUGGUAGGAGAGGAAAUGAGCAGCGCUGCAGCAGGAGACACCGACUCCUGUCAGUUACACAGGAAAUGCUCAGUUCUGGAUCUUCAGUUUGCUCAGAUUCCCCAGAAGCCCAUUUAAAAAGUUGCUGAGACUUUAACAUGGACAAACCACAGAAGGACAAAUCGGCUGACCACAAGAAGACAGAUGCCAGAAAGAAUUCUGGGAAGCAGCCAGUCACAGCCUGUCUGUUGAAUGCAGCCUUUUUUGGGGCCCUGGGGUCAUCUUUCCUCUACGGCUACAACCUGUCUGUGGUCAACGCUCCUGCUCUGUUCAUCAAAGACUUCUACAACAAGACGUGGAUCGAGAGGUAUGGGGAGCCGAUCGGAGCAGAGGCAGUCACCCUCCUCUGGUCCAUCACAGUGUCCAUAUUUGCUAUCGGAGGUCUUCUGGGAGCAUUGUCUGUCUCUUUACUCCUCAGAGUGUUUGGAAGGAAGGGAACCUUGCUGCUGAAUAACAGCUUUGCCAUAAUCGCUGCGCUGCUGCUGUCCCUGGGCGAGAUGGCGAAGUCUUUUGAGAUGCUGAUCAUCGGCCGUCUCAUCAUCGGGGUGGACUCUGGUAUAGCUCUCAGUGCCCUCCCCAUGUACCUGGGAGAAAUCUCCCCACGACAUAUCAGAGGGUCCAUCGGCCAGUUCAACUCCAUCCUGAUCUGCCUGGGAGUGUUCACAGGACAAGUGCUGGGACUGCCCGAGCUGCUGGGCCAGGAGUCCAGGUGGAUCUAUCUGUUUUCCUUCCUGGCGUGUCCGGCAUUGCUGCAGCUGUGUGUGCUGCCCUUCCUUCCCGAGAGUCCUCGCUACUUGCUGCUGGAGAGGAGGGAUGAGGCUGGAGCAGAGAAAGCCUUCCAGAGGUUUUUGGGGAAGAAGGAUGUGUCCCAGGAGCUUGACGAGGUGCGAGCGGAGGCUCAGGGCACCCUGCACACCGUCUCUGUGUUACAUAUGCUGAAGACCCCAACUGUUCGCUGGCAGCUCAUCACCAUCAUCAUCACCAUGGCCUGCUAUCAGCUCUGUGGCCUCAACACUAUCUGGUACUACACCAAUGGGAUCCUUCGGGAAGCGGGCUUUGCCGAGAACAUCCUCCCCUACAUCACACUGAGCACCGGGGCUGUAGAGACGUUGGCGGCCAUUAUCUCAGGUUUGGUGAUAGAACGAAUCGGCAGGAAGCGACUCCUCAUUUUUGGGUUCUCUGCCAUGGCCCUGUUCUUCAGUCUCCUCACCGUGUUCCUCAAUUUCCAGGAGAGCGUCUCAUGGAUGCCCUACCUCAGUUACAUCUGUAUCCUGGCUGUGAUUGCGUCCUUUUGCUCUGGUCCAGGUGGCAUCCCCUUCAUCCUGACCGGGGAGCUGUUUGAACAGUCCUACCGCCCCGCCGCCUUCAUGAUCGCCGGCACCGUGAACUGGCUCGCCAACUUUACCGUGGGCCUCCUGUUCCCAUUCAUUCAAGAGACGCUGCAGUCCUUCACCUUCCUCGUCUUUGUGGUCGUCUGCAUCCUGGGAUCCAUCUACCUGUAUGUCGUCCUCCCCGAAACUAAAAAUAAAACGUUCAUGGACAUCAGCCAGAGCUUUGCCAAGAUCAACAAAAUCCCUGCCUCCUCCCCCAGCCAUGAAAUGGAGCUGGAUCUGUGCAUUAAGCCGAAAACAAGUGAACAAGUCCAGAUUGUGAAAACGGAGAGUUCGUUCUAAGUGUUGUAUUGACUGAAGAUAUUUGCCGUUUUUACAUAUUUAUUUUAUCACUGUGAUUAGUGAAAUUAAAUGCUAUGCUUUUUUGAUAUUUUGUAUAUUUUGUAUGUUUUUUAUCACUGGAAUAUUUAGGAAUAAUACAGAAUUUCAGUUUACAGCAAUUAGUAAAAUAAAACAAACCAACUGGA